GCGUUGAUUUUACCAGAUCAUCGCUUAUCAGUGAACUGAUGGCUUGGCUUUCCGGUUGCCCAGAGAAAACGCCUACUAAAGCGAAAAGUAAAUCAUAAAAAUCCAUUGUGAAAAUUUGUGGGGUGGUGGGUGCCAAAACGGAUACUCAAUAGGCGAUAGCCGUAGUAAAGAGAGCGGCGAAGAGAGUGCGCAGCGAAUUUGAUGUGUACUCGAAAGCGGCCGAAGAGAGCGCACUAAUACACACAGAGGCACGGAAAAAGGACGAGAAAGAGGAAGAGAGCUUUCCGGAGAAACUAGGAUAAAGUGUGUUUGGCGAAAAUGAAUCCGGCGGUGGAUGCGUGGGCGGUGACCCCGAGGGAGCGCCUGAAGUACCAGGAACAGUUUAAGGCCCUCCAGCCGCAGGCUGGCUUCGUGACCGGCGCCCAGGCCAAAGGAUUCUUCCUGCAAUCUCAGCUGCCGCCCCUGAUCCUGGGCCAGAUCUGGGCUCUGGCGGACACCGAUUCGGAUGGCAAGAUGAACAUCAACGAGUUCAGCAUAGCCUGCAAGCUGAUCAACCUCAAGCUGCGCGGCAUGGAUGUGCCCAAGGUCCUGCCGCCCAGCCUGCUCGCGUCCCUCGUCGGCGAUGGCCAGAAGACGCCCUCGAUGACGCCACGUGGCUCCACCAGCUCCAUGAGCCCAUUGGAUCCGCUCAAGGGAAUGGUGCCCCCAGUCGCCGCCGUAAUUCCCGCUCCCGUGGUGGCUCCUCCUCCGGUUGCGGUGGCUGCUGUCAUCUCGCCACCCGGAGUUGUGGAUUUGGCCAAGGUGCCCGCUGGCCCCACGCCACCCUCCAGCAACCCACCCAGUCGCCACAUGUCCAUCUCGGAGCGGGCGCCCUCCAUUGAGUCUAUCAAUCAAGCAGAGUGGGCCGUUCAAGCUGCCCAGAAGCGCAAAUACACGCAGGUGUUCAAUGCCAAUGAUCGCACCCGAUCUGGUUACUUGACCGGAGCCCAGGCACGCGGUGUCCUCGUGCAGAGCAAGCUGCCCCAGGUGACGCUGGCCCAGAUCUGGACGCUGUCCGACAUCGAUGGCGAUGGGCGGCUCAACUGCGACGAGUUUAUUCUGGCCAUGUUCCUGUGCGAGAAGGCCAUGGGUGGCGAGAAGAUACCGGUCACCUUGCCCCACGACUGGGUGCCGCCCAACUUGCGCAAAAUCAAGUCGCGCCCGGGCUCUGUAUCUGGGGUGGUGUCGCGUCCUGGCUCGCAGCCCGCCUCCCGGCACGCCUCCGUGUCGUCGCAGGGCGGAGUAGGAGCCGUGGAUGCUGACCCAACAGCCGGACUGCCCGGACAAACUUCCUUCGAGGACAAGCGCAAGGAGAACUAUGUAAAGGGUCAGGCCGAACUCGAUCGCAGGCGCAAGAUCAUGGAGGACCAGCAGCGCAAGGAGCGGGAAGAGCGGGAGCGCAAGGAGCGUGACGAAGCGGAUAAGCGUGAGAAGGCUCGUCUGGAGGCCGAGCGCAAGCAGCAGGAGGAACUGGAGCGACAGCUCCAGCGUCAGCGAGAAAUCGAGGUGGAGAAGGAGGAGCAGCGCAAGCGGGAACUGGAAGCCAAAGAGGCGGCUAGAAAGGAACUGGAGAAGCAGCGCCAGCAGGAGUGGGAGCAGGCUAGAAUUGCUGAGAUGAACGCACAGAAGGAGCGGGAACAGGAGCGUGUUCUGAAGCAGAAGGCACACAACACGCAGCUUAACGUGGAACUGAGCACAUUGAAUGAAAAGAUCAAGGAUCUUUCGCAGAGGAUUUGCGACACUCGCGCUGGCGUGACCAAUGUUAAGACCGUAAUCGAUGGCAUGCGCACUCAGCGCGACACUUCCAUGACCGAAAUGUCGCAGCUGAAGGCGCGCAUCAAGGAGCAGAAUGCCAAGCUCAUGCAGCUCACCCAGGAGCGGGCCAAGUGGGAUGCCAAGAGCAAGGCCAGUGGCGCUGCCUUGGGAGGUGAGAAUCCACAGCAGGAGCAACUGAAUGCGGCCUUUGCCCAUAAGCAGUUGUUGAUUAACCAAAUCAAAGACAAAGUCGAGAACAUCGGCAAGGAGAUUGAGUCGAAGAAGGAGGACAUCAACUCCAACGACGGCCAGAUGUCUGAGCUCAAGGCGGAGCUCUCCGCUUUGCUCGCCAAAUGCGAGGAUCUGUACAAGGAAUACGAUGUGCAGCGCACCUCGGUGCUGGAAUUGAAGUACAAUCGCAAGAACGAGACCAGCGUGACCUCGGCCUGGGACACAGGCACUUCGAGUGCUUGGGGAGAGGCGGAAACGACUGCCGCCGAUCCCUAUGCAGGCAUGAGCAACGACAUCACUGCUGUGGCAGCUCCAGCCGUGGACUUGAGUGGACCGGCCCCCGAGGGGUUCGUGAAAUAUCAGGCAGUAUACGAGUUCAAUGCGCGCAAUGCCGAGGAGAUUACUUUCGUGCCGGGUGACAUUAUCCUGGUGCCAUUGGAACAGAACGCCGAGCCGGGAUGGCUGGCUGGCGAGAUAAACGGACACACCGGCUGGUUCCCCGAAUCCUAUGUGGAGAAACUGGACGAUGGGGGUGCUGCCCCUGUCGCCGCCGUCGAGCCAGAAGUUACAGCCGAAGUGGCAGCCGUGGCGGACACCUACAAUGACAAUAUAAAUACCAGCGAAGCUACGGCAGCUUCCGCCGAUCUUAAUGCCGCCGGCGAUAUCGAGUACUACAUAGCCGCAUAUCCUUAUGAUUCCGCCGAAGACGGCGAUCUUAGCUUCGGCGCCGGCGAGAUGGUCAUGGUCAUCAAGAAGGAGGGCGAAUGGUGGACGGGCACCAUUGGCAGCCGCACCGGCAUGUUCCCCUCGAACUACGUCCAAAAGGCGGACGUGGGCACGGCGAGCACGGUCACUGCAGAUCCGGUAGAAGCUCUGGAUCAGGAGACGACGCUGAACGGCAACGCUGACUACGCCGCUGCUCCCGUGGAGGCACAGGAGCAGCUCUUCCAGCCCCUGCCUGUCCAAGAGCUCAGCGAGCAGCCCAUCGCCAGCCCAGGGGUUGGCGCUGAGGAGGCGCACGAAGACCUCGACACUGAAGUUUCCCAGAUCAAUACACAGUCCAAGACACAAAGCAGCGAGCCGGCCGAGAGCUACAGCCGACCCAUGUCACGCACCUCUUCCAUGACACCCGGCAUGCGGGCCAAGCGGUCGGAGAUUGCUCAAGUAAUCGCUCCCUAUGAGGCAACCAGCACCGAGCAGCUUUCGCUGACGCGAGGCCAAUUGAUCAUGAUCCGCAAGAAGACGGACUCCGGCUGGUGGGAGGGUGAGCUGCAGGCCAAGGGUCGUCGCCGGCAGAUCGGUUGGUUCCCGGCCACAUACGUUAAGGUCCUCCAAGGCGGGCGCAAUAGUGGACGCAACACUCCAGUCUCCGGAAGUCGUAUUGAAAUGACUGAGCAAAUCUUGGACAAGGUCAUAGCUCUCUACCCGUAUAAGGCACAAAAUGACGACGAGCUGUCGUUUGAGAAGGACGACAUUAUCAGCGUGCUGGGUCGGGAUGAGCCGGAGUGGUGGCGCGGCGAGCUGAAUGGCCUUUCCGGUCUGUUCCCCAGCAACUAUGUGGGACCCUUCGUGACGUCCGGGAUCAAGCCUAAUCAAUGUGCCACUGAAAGAAGAACCAACGGAAUUCAAAGGUUAUGGCAACAGUGGCGCGGAUCAGAAUCUGAAGCCGAUUCGGGUGAUCAUGUAGAUGGCGUAUCCAAGAAUAAACUGCGGGGAACAAUCCAAGCUGUUCACAUAUCCAAGCGGCGGGAUGGACAGCUCAUGGGAUGCGCCUACGUUCGGUUUGAAUGCAAUGAGCUUACGGCGAAGUCUAUGCUCCAGGAAAACGACAACCGGCUGGUUGGAAAAACAGUGGUAAUCGACUGGCAACCUCAAUCGCCCAAGAAACGAUUCGGUCCGUGGCGAUGCUGGUGAAGCAACCGCUUCCUUUUCAGUUACCAAAUUACAGAAGUUUCGUU